AUCUUUGCUCCAUCCAAUGAAAGUAGUUUACAAUUAUAUGUCGCAAUCGAUAAGGUAGGUAAAUGGGAAUAAACAUAAAAACAAAUAGAUUACGCGAUGACGGAAAAAUACGAGAUUUAUAAAAAACUUCCAUUGCAGGGACUGAUUAACUUGCGUAAUGCAACUGAUGAUUCACGGACGUUCAUCUGGCAACGUCAUGCAAGUACCGCUAUAUGUCGUGCUGCUUCUUAUAUUCACUUUAAGAGAACAAUUCGCGGAGGAAAUUUGGGAGCAAGAUUUGUCCAUGGACAUGCAAAUCGGGGCUUCCACAAAAGGAUAUGAUCUAGUCGCCUUACGCUGUGGGGCAGAAAAAAUGGUAGUGGGUCUGCAAACACCGGAAAAUUUUUCAGGUGUGAUAUACACACGAGGUAGCUUUUAUUCCAGACAACCUUCGUGUUUCUUGAAUCCUGAUCAUGGUGGAAACUUCACUAUGACUAUUCCCUUCAACGAGUGUGACACAGAAAAUGUUGAUAACAGAUAUCGGAACACCUUGGUUCUUCAGCAUGACGAUGAGCUAAUUACUCCUGGUGACGCUGCUUUUAUAUUGGAGUGUGACUUUUUCAAGCCUAGAGACCUCAUAGUGUCAGCAGAAUUAUCUGGAACUGAUAAAAAAGAGGUAAGAUCGAGUAUAUCUCUAGUGGACGCCGAUCCAGGAAGAGAUAAAACGAAGAGGUCUGGGUACGUGGAGAGCGACACCAACGAAGUUGUCUUUGUGCCUAACUCGGUCAUCAAGAUUAACGACGAGUUAUAGAUCAUUGUGUAAUACAUUUUGUAAUAAAGCUUACUUCUAUUUUUUAA